AUGGAGGCUGAGUUUGUAGCAUUUUCAGCUGCAGUGCAAGAAGCCGUUUGGUUAAGACGUUUCAUGAAUCAUCUGGGAAUAAUUAAUGUUGCUAUUGAACCACUUAACAUUUUCAAUAUUAUAUAUGACAUAGGUUCAUUUAAGGAUUUGUUGGUUCAGAAGACAGAUGAAGAAGGGAACAACAUCUUGCAUUUGGCCACAAAGGUUCCAGCAAAAGAUAGACACCACACGGAAUCAAGUAAAGCAGCCGUCCAACUGAAAGAGGAGUUGCUAUGGUUCAAGAAAGUGAAGGAAAUUUUGCAUCCAUGGGAUGCUGAAGCUAAAAAUAAGGACGGGAAAACUGCUAGAGCUUUAUUUAUUGAACAGCACCAAGUGCUGAGGGAUAAAGCUGAGAAAUGGAUUAAGGAGAUGGUAAACGCAUGCCUUAUGGGGGCAACAAUUAUUGCCACCGUGGUUUUUGCCGCAGCUUUCACAUUUUUAUCCGUUAUCCAUUCCCGAUAUGAAGAAGAAGAUUUCAUUUUACGGUUGCUUUAUGAUUUGAAAAUGGGAUUAAGCUUAUUUGUAUCAUCAGUAGGUGCAAUGAUGGUAGUGUUUUGUGCAACUAUGUUCAUUGUCUUCCAACAUGGGAUGCUAUGGGUUCCUAUUCUUAUAACGACUAUGGCUGUUUUCUCAUGCUUCGUGUACUGUGAGAGAUUACUGAGGGCCAUUGUAGAUGUACCGCAUCCUCCCACAGCAUCUGGAAGUCCAUUUAAGGAAGGGAAAUAA